AUGCCUGCAACUCGAUCAAGCACCAAGAAGAAUGCUGGAUCUUCAAACAAGGAUGACAACUCCCAACAAACAUCGAGUACAUCUCAACACCAGCACACAUCCGAUGAAGAACGUGGAAAGAAGUGGGAUGCAUUAUUGAAAAUGAAAAAAUCAAUUCAAAAACAAAAGAAGAAGAAGCAGUUAGCCACUUCCGAUUUGUUAUUAACGAAUGCACUGAUGAAAAAUCAACAACCUUCCUCAUCACCUUCAUCAUCCUCCGAUAAUACACAAUCAUCAUCUCAACAAUCAUCAACAACAUUUAUCUCAUUGGAUUAUGCCAGUUCAAAGGUAGAGGGAAAUAUUCAAGCAAUUUUAACCAAUCACUUGACGAAUCUUAAGAAAGAGUAUAGACAAUGGAAACAAACUCAAAAAUCAAUAUCAAACAUGAAAUUACCUACAAAUCCCUCCGAUCUAAACCCAUUAAUGUAUAUCUCGUGUUCUACAGAGCAAGGUUCAAGUGACGAGAUUGAUAUGCAUCUGGGAAAAAGAUUUGAAUCACAUGAACAAGACAUGACCGACUCGGAGUUUGCAACACCUUCUUUGCUUACAAAAAAGAAGCAUGCACUUUUUACAUCUAGCUCUGAGGGAGUAUUACAUGCGUCUAAGGAAGAAUUAACUCCAGAGAGCUUUCGAAAAUUAAUAGAAACUGAAAAAUCUAGAUUAUACCUGCUUUUGCAAGAGGAAGGCUCUGGAAAAACCAAGUUUAUUUUAGAUUCUCUUUUGUCGUCAAGCUCGUAUUUAUUAACCUUCGAUUUUUCUGUGAACAUGAAAGAGUUUGAACAACGCCACCAAUCAUCAUGCGGAACUUUUUAUGUUGGAAAAAAGUUCAGCUCAACCAAUACAAAAGGCUCAAAACAUGUUUCAGGAGGAUUUAACCCACAACCUAAAGCUCAAAACCUUGUUCAAGAGACGUUUUACGAAAAUUUGGUACAAAAAUUCACAUCUGGGAGUAAUGCAACCCCUCAGUUCAUGCAACCUACAGAACAUGCUAAAAAUUUUUACAUUGUACGAAGAAGCUUUCUAUUACUUAUUUAUGUGCACAUGCUUGAUCUACUAGCAUAUCUUCAAAUGAAAAAAGAUGCAAAGAAGUUAUUAGAAGACAUGCCAGCCACCCCUACAACUCCAACAGAACAAGUUGCUAGGCCAACCAGACGAACAACUCGUCAAAAAGCAGAUGAAUCAAUUUCUAGAGAAGAGCUACAAGACCAAGGAGAGGCAUCACCGUUGGAUUAUUAUUUAUUUAGGAGAUAUGAAAAUUCGUCUCUCACAAAAUUGUAUAACAAUGUUCUUUCAGGCAUGAACACAAAAUUCACCUCACAACAAUUUUGCCAAUUCCUUACUGAUUAUUUAUUGGGCAAUUCGCCAAAAAGCGAAAAGGCUAGGAUUAACCUCGUUUUUGACCAAAUUCAAGACUUAAUUGAUCCUUCUAGGUUUUUGUACAUUUACAAAUCUAGAUUUGACCACGAUGGGUGUCAAACACUGGCACCAAAUCAAUUGAAUUCAAACCUCAAUCAACAAUCGCAUAAUUUUGCUUCUCACAUUUUUGGAAAUGCAUACGGGAGUGGCAGCGCAAUGGUGAGUGGAGGAAAUGGAAGCUCUAGCUAUCAAUCUAUUUUAGAACCAGUCAUGGAUGCUAUUCAAUAUUUUUCCAAGCAUUCAGAUGCUGUUUCGAGAAUAGUCAUUGGAAGACCUUUUGUUGAGUCAUCUGGCUCUAUUAUGGAACCACCUACUCCAUCGUCACGCCCUAGAAGAGCAGCUAAAACUCCUAAACAAUAUGUGAAGGAGCGAUUAUCAUUAAUGCAACAUUUACCAUUGAGAGAAUGUGAAAUUAAGAUUAUUCCUGACGUUUACAAAUUUUAUGAAAAUAUUGAAAAUAUUAAGAGUUUAAUACGGUAUUACUUUCCAAAUAUUAACUUUACAAAAGAGAUGUCAGACGAUUGGGAGAAACUACUUAAUGCUUCAGAAGAUUUCACUGCACCACAAUCUAUUACCUUCAAUAGUCACUUUUUGUUUGACAAAUUUAUUGGACAUUUAUUGCAUCUACAAUUUAUUCAACUCAAUUCCAAAAAAGCUGCGCUUAGAGAUUCGCAGACAGACGAGCAAGAAUGGUUCGAAGAGAAUGCAAAAAAGAUCCUACACUCAAACUAUCCGUCACUAUUUCCACAACAGCAAUUGACGGACUUGAGCUUUGAGAAGAAGAGAAAACGAACAGUCAUUGAAGAAGAGAUCAAUUUUGAUGCAUUGCCAUCAGAAGAUGAAUUUUCAGCAGAAGAAGUUAAGCAACAAAUAGAAUCAACUCCUUCCACACCUCCUCCUGUCAUUUCACCGAAAAAGAAAAGGACGCCAAGUAAGAAGGAAAAAUCACCAAAGAAGGAAAAAAAGGAAUCUAAAAAGAAGAAAUCAGAGGCCAAAGCAAGUGAAUCAAAGUCUCCAAAAAAGAAAAAGACCAGCGAAUCCACCUCACAAACAGUUGUACUUUCUAUUGAACACAACAAUACCGUUGUCCAAGAAAUUAAGAUGGAUGCUCCUUCUACACCUCCAUCAUCUUCAAGCAAAAGUGAAGAAAAAUCACCUGCCAAGUCCAAAACUCGGAAAAGUCCAGGACGCAAGCCCAAAACUCCACGAAAGAAAAAAGCUGACACCGAUGUACAAAGCACUGACGAGAAAUAG